UUGGCUCCCCAGCAGUCCAGGUCUGCAGACCAAGCCCCUCUCAGGGCUCUCUCCACUCUCUCUACCCCCCGGCCUCUUCUGUUGCCUUCUUCCGCUUUGGUUUUCAGAAAUGGGUUUUCAUACACUGAUGGUCCUUCCCCUGGAAUCGAGAAUGACAUUGAAAGCCUUCCUUCUAUAGCUGUUUCCUCAUCCCACUCUCUGUUCACAGAGGCUGAACUCUUGGACCUGUGCUAGUUUCUCAGGGGGCGUGGAGACAUGAACUUCCAUGCAGUGGAAUAACGGAUUCUAAAAACGGCCUCACGGGGAGAAAAUGCAUAGCUCAUUAACACUAGUGGUAUCGCAGCCAAAACAUAUUGGCUGCCUGACCACAAAGACAAUUCUAGCCAGAGGCAAAUUUUUAAAAAAUACGUCUCAAUGAGUUCUCUUCAAGUAUUCUUCCCCCAUGGUAGAGGUCUAGUGACUUCCUUCUCUUACCAAGCAAGUGACAGAAUUCCUCAGUCAGUCACCAUGGACCUGGGCCCUCUCUUCAGAUCAGAUAAUCCCAACACGUGAGUGCCUUCUGUCUAGAACCAUCAGUUCCAAAUGUAGCAUGAGCCCAAGGAAUAAAUCUAUGAUGUCAGAUCACCGUGGGACAUUUUCUUCAAUGGAUUAAAGCAACAGGUCGGAGACCUACUUAAUAGAUUUUCAUUAAAAAAAAAAAAAGAAUUUAAAAAAUCAGAAUAAACGGCUUGUACCCCCCUUCUAAUUUGCUUUAAAAAUGGGUAUAGGGGAAAAAUGGUCGGUCUCAACCCAAGAAUAUAAUAACGCUGCCUCUCUUUCCUUGUUUUAGGGAGUGCUGUCGAUUUUUUGGAGACAAUGGCUUGACUUUGAAGGUGUUUUUUACCAAGGCAGCACCCUUUGGUGUUCUUUGGACACUCACAAACUACCUGUACUUACAUGCAAUAAAGAAAGUAAACACUACGGAUGUCUCCGUGUUGUUCUGCUGCAACAAAGCUUUUGUGUUCUUGCUCUCAUGGAUCGUUCUCAGGGACAGGUUCAUGGGAGUGAGGAUUGUGGCCGCCAUUCUCGCCAUUGCUGGGAUCGUGAUGAUGACCUAUGCCGAUGGCUUCCACAGCCACUCUGUCAUCGGCAUAGCGCUGGUGGUGGGCUCUGCGUCCAUGUCUGCCCUCUACAAGGUUCUGUUCAAGCUCCUCCUGGGCAGUGCUAAGUUCGGAGAAGCCGCCUUAUUUUUGUCCAUUUUGGGUGUGUUUAACAUCCUCUUCAUCACCUGUAUUCCCGUCAUCCUCUACUUUACCAAAGUGGAAUACUGGAGCUCUUUCGAUGACAUUCCAUGGGGAAACCUUUGUGGAUUUUCAGUCCUCUUAUUGACAUUCAAUAUUGUAUUAAAUUUUGGAAUCGCCGUUACGUAUCCCACUCUGAUGUCUGUUGGAAUUGUCCUCAGUGUACCUGUGAAUGCAGACAAGGAUCCUUUUGAUGUGAAUGUUAUUGUGCUUGAUGAUGUCAUUGAGUUCCCUUAA